AUGUCAAGCAUGGAUAAGCCCUUGUCAGAGUCAAUCAAUCAUAAUGUUGACUCUCCGUCAAAGACUGAGACGGAGUAUUCGCCGGCAGAAAGCCGUUACUCUCAUAAGCAGCAACGCCAGAUCAUCCACAAGGUCGACCGGCGACUCAUCACGGCCUUGGGGCUGCUGAUGUGCGUGAGUCUUGUCGACAGGACGAAUCUAGGGAAUGCUAUGAUCUCUGGUAUGAAGGAGGAAUUGCAAAUGGAGAUUGGCUCUCGCUAUUCCAUUGUCCUUCUCGUAUUCUUCGUUCCCUAUGUCCUAUUCCAGUUUCCAUUGAUUCUGCUGGGUCGCAAAAUCGGGCCCCGGAUCUUUCUGUCCGGUAUCACUCUGGCAUGGGGCAUUGUUAUGAUCUGUUGUGGCUUCGUGCACAGCUGGAAGGCCUUGCUUGCACUGAGAGUGCUGCUGGGUUUCUUUGAAGGAGGUCUCUUUCCAGGAGCUGUAUAUUUGCUUUCAAUGUGGUACUCGCGCUAUGAUAUGCACAAGAGAUAUUCGGCAUUUUAUCUCAUCAGUGUAACCGGAGGCGCUUUUUCGGGACUUCUUGCAUUCGGGUUCAUCCACAUGGGUGGUCUAGCAGGCUUCGCACCGUGGAGAUGGAUCUUCAUCAUGGAGGGGCUGCUUACCUGCGUGGUAGCAUGCAUAGGAUUUGCACUGCUGAUCAACUUUCCAGACGAGAAUGACCUGUCGUGGAAAUUUCUCAACAUGGAAGAAACUGCUUUUAUCGUUGCGCGAAUUUCCCGAGAUCGACAGGAUACCUCGCAAGAAGUCCCUUUUGAUUUGAAGCAGUUUUUCAGGCCAGCGCUGGAGCCGAAGGUCUGGGCAUUCGCCCUCCUCUUCUUUUGUGCCACAAUGGUCUCCUACUCGAUUAGCUUUUUCCUUCCCAUUAUCAUGACUUCCGAGCUACACUUUAGCACCGCAGUCGCUCAAGUCCUCACGACGCCGCCCUAUUUCUUUGCUGGAUUGUUCAUGUUUAUCCAAGGAUGGCUUGGUGACAAAUAUCGUAUGCGUGCACCAUUUAUUGUCUGGAACAACAUACAAGCUAUCAUCGGGCUGUCAAUCCUCGGCUGGGUCACUGUCCCUGGCGUGCAGUAUUUCGGGAUUUACCUCGUGGCCGCAGCAUCUAAUGCGAAUAUCCCUGCUACGCUUACGUACCAGGCAAACAAUAUCCGUGGACACUGGAAGCGUGCUUUUUGCAGUGCUAGUAUCAUUACUUUGGGUGGAAUUGGUGGUGUGGCGGGCUCGGUGGUGUUCCGCACCAAGGAUGCUCCAAGGUAUCUUCCCGGUGUGUAUGCGUGUAUAGCGUAA